UUUUUUUUUUUUUUUCUGAAACAAAAUGCCCACUUGCGGCGAUUUGACCACGGACGAGCAGCGCGAGGUGCAGCUGUGCGUCAGCAACCUCAAGAAGAGCAUUGAGUGCCCAAUAUGCUGCUGCUCGCUCGUAGACCCGUACUCGACUCCGUGCAACCACCAGUUCUGCAAAACAUGCAUCCUCGAGCACGAGUACCGAAGCACCAAGGACGAGCAGGAGGCCAAGCGCUCCAAAAAGGCGGCUGCUCCGGCCCGCUGCCCAAUGUGCAAGCAGCCAUUCACUCGCCGCGCACUCAAACAGAGCCCGCGAUUUGCAGCGCUGGUCGAGUCCGUCACCGCUGUGAUUGAAGGCAUCAAGGAGGACACUGGCGGCGAAAUUCAAUCCCAGCGCGUCGCCAUCACCAACACAACCUGCGCAUUCCCAGUGGAGAAUCUUUCGCAAAUGUAUCCGCAGCCCGAAAAGCCGCAUGCCGAGCCGCAAACCGUCGACGACAGCCUUGAUGCGGAUACGCCCCUUGCUACUACUACUACUACUACUACUGCUGCUGCACCACACCACAACACUCGGAGCGCACAGGGACAAGGUCGACACGCUUCGCGCUCGAAUGAAUCGGCUGCUGCUUCACCGCGUAACUCGGCCGCCGCUGCAACCCCUCUGCGGCAAAACUCUGCAUCUCGAGCAGGUAUUACUCGUGCAGCCACUCGCAACGCACCUGAUCACGAUGACACGGACAGGGUUGGUGCAUCGGCAAUGUCUCUCGAGGAACCGAGCGAACAACAACUUCCUUCCCUCGCGACACUGCUCGGACAACCAUCCUCCGAGCGUGCUGCUGCUUCUUUGACAACGCGCAGAUCGCGCAGUCUAUCCAACGCAGCGGCCUCGCCUGCACUGGUCGCAGCUUCCCCACGCGUCAACGCGUCACCACGCAUUGUUUCGCCACGCAGAGGCUCGCCGCGCUCCCGCAGCACUGUGACUGGAACUGACGAGCAGACCAUUCCAACAGCUGCAGCUGAGCCCAUUGUUGCCGCAGUCACGCCCAAGCCUGCCAGUGCCCGCCAGCUUCUCCAACUCGCCAAAUCCACCACUGCAGAGCCAGCUCAACCACCAUCAGCACAACAGCAACCACCAAUCCCCGACCCAAUCGGCAAAGAAGCCGCUCUGCAAGCAACCACGGGAGACUCGGAGCAGACAACAGACUCGGCACUCGCGCCAGAGGCCAGUUUGCACUCGCAGCAGCAGCAGCAGCCGCCACGACUCAUCGAUCCCUCAUCCAGCGUCGUCAUUCUUUCCAGCUUGGGACAGGCUCCACUAGCAUCGCCAUCGGCAUCUAUUCCUCCAACUGACCCUCUUGUGGGAUCCAACAACAGCAGCAGGCUGGCCUCAUCCUCUCCCGGCGAGGUGCUUGCUCCAAACAGCUCGGUUGAGGCAGCGAUGCCAUCAUCACGCGGGCUGACACGAAUCAAUUCGGCCUUUGAGGCGCCGACAUACUCGUCGUCUUCGUUUGCUCCUCCAACCCUCCGGUCUCCUGCCUCGCUCUCACGCUCUGAUGUUACUUCCCCGAACAACCGCGGCGGAGAUGAUGAGCUUUCUGGGUCGCAUCCAAUGAACACGCAGGAGGCAAUCAGGGAAUUGAACAGCAACAUGUCGACCGUCCAGCUGAUCGACCAGUUAUACGGGCAGCAAGAGCCAGCGCCUGCAACGUUCAAGCAUCCCAGCAUCCAGCCUGCCCAGUCCAUUCCUUCACUGGUCCCAAAUUCCCUCAAUCUUCCGUUAAAGUACUCUUCGGCUGCCGCACCCCCGUCUGCGCAAUCGCCUGUCGCCCCCUCAUUGUCAACUCCGCUCACAUUCGAAGCCAAUUCGCCGCUGCACAGCCGCCCUCAAGCACUUGUUCGCGCAAUUCCUUCGACGCGCAGCCCCGUUGAUUCAAUUCAUGUCGUUCCUCGCAUCGUGAUGACGGGACUGGCUCCAGAGCAGCUCAUGGAGGUUCGCGCUUUGGCCAACUUGCUUCACGGCAAGAUGCUGAAGGACUUUAACACCACGGCCACACAUCUUGUUGCCGCAUGCGAUAAUUCCUUCGUUGUUAGGCGGACGAUCAAGUUCUUUUUCGCAAUCAUGACUGGCACAUGGUUGGUGGGUUGUCAAUGGGUACGAGCAUGUCUGAAAGAAAACCGCCAUGUUGCCGAAGAAGAGUUUGAGAUUCGCGGUGACAUUAAUUUCGCCGACCAUGGCCCACGGCGGGCCCGAUUGAGUCUGCAGUGCAACGAACCUAAACUGUUUGAUGGGUACGAGUUUCACUUUCACGGACAACAUUACAACUAUACGCGAGAAAACUUGGUCGAGCUCGUGUGCUUGGGAGGCGCUCGCAUUCUCCACACGACCGAAGAGCUGACAGAUAGGGUUGUCGCCUUCCAAGACACGCUGGCCACCGAGGGCAUCUCCCUGACGCGAAAAGAAAUGCGCCAGCGAUCCCGGAUUCUCAUUGUCGUGGACAAGGGGUGCAGCACGCGCGAAACGCUUUCCCUGGCCAGCUCGGGCCGUGUCCAGGUUGUUUUCAGCGACUGGAUUCUCGACUGCAUUACAGACUAUCGGCUGCGACCACUGGGCAUGUAUGUGGACGAGUCCACUUACGACAACUCGCAAGACGAUAUCGAGGACAACAUUGCAGCAGUGGCGCACCUCUAUGACGACGACGACGACGACGACGACGAUGACGGUGACGAUCACGGUUACGAGGCUACAGCAAAUCGAUCGAGGCGGUUUGUUCAAGCGUCACAGUUUCAACACCGCGCCGCUGCCGCCGCGCCAUGCACCAGACCCGCUUACACCGCGGCAUCACAGAGCUACACAGCUUGCAGCUCAACCCUCGUCGUCUCAGUCCGGGCCGAGCACGCAAGUGUGGCAGCCUUCAACUGUUCAUGGAAGGACCCACGCUGCUUCAAUUACGAGUCGUGCAGGCGCUGUUCCUAUAAGUAGUAGCAACAGUGGUGCUGCACUCAGUCGCUCUACUCAACUGGGCGAUGGAAUGGCAACCCAACCCUUCACUCGCAUCGUGUAGUCCAGCGGUUUGUUUUCUUUUCUGUUUUGACAUGUAUUUAGUUUCAUGUUGUCGAAUAAACUCAGUUGCUA